AUGGAAAAGCCAAGUACAAGCUUUAACUUCGAUAAAAUACCGAAGUUCAUAAUGAAGCUUUAUAAGGCCACAAGUGAUGAGAAGUACAAGGGAAUAUGCUGGACAUCUGAUGGGCUCAAGAUUCAUAUAUAUGAUCGAGACGUGUUUGUGAAGGAGACGCUUCCUUUGAUAUCUAAGACUAGAGAGUUUGGAACAUUUAUCCGCAUGCUAAAUAGCUAUGGAUUUGUCAAGUCUAAGGACAUUGAAGAAGAGGAUAUAUAUUAUAAUAAGAACUUCAGGAAAGGAAGAGAAGAUUUGCUAGGGAUUGAUGACUCACUUCGGAUGAUCAAGAGGAAAAAGUCGAAUGACAUCCGGAUGAGAAUUGGGGACGGGUCUCUAAAAGAGGUUGUGGAAUACCUAUACGUACAAAAUCAGGAGUUGUAUACAGAAUUGUCUGCUUGCAAGGAAAGGAUAGAGAGGCAAGAAAGAGCCCUUAACGGGCUUAUAGAGAUUCUUUCGAGGGUCUUUAGGACAAACUCCCAAGACUUCGGGGCUCGAUUUAAGCCCAAUAACCUCAAUCUUCACAAUGAAAUGGAUCUUUUUCUUGGUGAACUUUCUGGACCUCUUAGGGACGGGUAUGGGCCAUCAGCUUCCAAGCCCCAGGAAAAAAGUAUCCCAGAGCUUUCCUUCAAGUCAGGAGAGAACCACCAUACAGAUUCAGAUUCUAAGAAUGAUGGAUAUGAUGCUUUCUUUUAG